CAACCAAAGUUAGCAGAGAUCUCCAGAAAGCUUAGCAGAGAUAGAUCAGGAUGAAGAUUGACGUAGAAGUAAUCUCCCAAGAAACAGUAACACCCUCAUCUCCAACCCCUCACCAUCUCCGCCAUCACCAGCUCUCCUUUCUCGACCAGUUAGCUCCACACGCCUACGUCCCUUUCCUCUACUUCUACUCCCUCCCCAACACUCACAGCCACACCCAAAUCUCCACCCACCUCAAGAAAUCUCUCUCCAAAGCCUUAACACAGUACUACCCUCUAGCCGGCCGAGUCAAACUCAACCUCUUUGUGGAGUGCAACGACUUUGGAGUCCCCUUCUAUGAAGCUCGAGUCAAAUCCCUGUCACUCUCUGAUGUCAUCACCAAUCCCUCCCUUCCUGAACUGAACAACUUGUUGCCCUUCAAGCUCGACGAGCUCAAAGACAUAGCUCUUGGAGUUCAACUCAAUCUGUUUCGUUGCGGAGGAGUUGCUAUUGGGUUGUGUGCUUCGCAUCGAGUUGCAGAUGGGUUGUCAUAUUUCACGUUUGUUAAGAACUGGGCAUCAGCUGCUUGUGGGAAUGAGAGUGUGAGUCCGGAUUUUUCGGCAGCUUCGAUCUUCCCUCCAAAGAAUAUGGAUGGGUAUAAUGGUGUUCUUAUUCCGAAAAGGAAUGAAAUCGUGACCAAAGGGUUUGUGUUUGAUGGGUUGAAGAUUGAAGCUUUACGAUCAAAGUAUGCAGAGGGCAUUAGAUUGAAGACCAAGAAAAUCCCGUCUCGAGUUGAGGCAUUGUCUGCUUUCUUGUGGAACAAGUUUAUGGCUGCGGCAGCAAAAGAAGAAGGAUCAAGUUCCAGAAAGUUGUACGCAGUUGUGUAUAUUAUGGAUCUUCGUUCGAGAUUUGACCCACCUCUGCCGCAGCAUAGCUUUGGGAACUAUUACCGGGCAGCCACUGCAACUCCAACAUUGGUUAAUGGGGAGGAGAGAGGUGGCCUUGUGAGGCAGGUGAUAGAGGAAAUAGAGAAGAUUGACAAUAAGUAUAUGAGGAAAUUUCAAGAUGGCUAUAAGGAACAUUUGGAUUUCAUGAGGAGAAGAAUGGAGAGGGCUGCAAAAGGAGAGCUGGUUACGCUAACGUUUUCAAGUCUGUGCAGGUUUCCAUUGUAUGAGGCUGAUUUUGGUUGGGGGAAGCCAGAAUGGGUGAGCAUGGCUUCCAUGAAAAUCAAUAACCAAAUUGUUUUCAUGGACACCAAAUUGGGUGAUGGAAUAGAGUCAUAUUUUAGCUUCAAGGAGGAAGACAUGGCCAAGUUUGAACUUGACUCGGAGUUCCUCCAGCUGAUUUCUCCAAUUGGUCUGUUACAAACUUAUAGAAUACAUCUGUGGCUUAAUAAGAUGUGAAUCUUGGAUUCAGAGAUGCAUAUGCUAGCAGCUCUUGAUCACACACUCGAAUCGAUUCAGGUCUUCUUCCCUCAAUCUUACUCGGAACUCUUCCAUCACCGCCUUUUGUGUCCAUCAGAAAUAUCAUAUUCUUGGCAGGUGGUGAGCUAACCCAAAUUGGUUUUCCCCAAUCCCCACCAAAAGUCUGCAGCCUCGUAGUGGGAACCUACACCAACCUGUGCACACAAAGAAAUCCAUGUCAUCACUAGUGAGCAUUCUUAUAGCCUCCAUCUGAGGCUCACAUAUCACCAUAACAUCCUCACUCAGUGGU